AUGGGCACCAGUCGUCGCCAAUCGUCAUUAUCCAAGUCUAUCCAGUCUGCGUUGACUCGUGAGCCGGACCGAUUCAAGAAGACCGCCCUAGGCAAAUUGUUGGCCUUCUUCUCCGUGUACCGCAUUAAGCUUGUCCGCCAUGAGAAGAUAGUAUUUGAACAACUGCGCCAGGAUGUCUGGCAGUUUGACGAAGAUGAAUACAAGGGAAGCUUUCAUACAACAAGUGGGCAACCACCGUUGAAGGCGAUGGGUGACUUGGGUUACUCGGGCUCGACAUUCUUCUCAACUCUCGAUGCACAAUUCCUUAUAAAAAGUCUGCCAAGACAUUUCGAGUAUUCGUUCUUCGAAGGAGAUCUCCUUCAGCCAUAUUAUGAAUAUAUGUCUCAGCAUCCAGAUUCAUUGUUGGUUUGGAUCACAGACUAUAUUAUUGCACCUUACGUUACUCUUGGAACGAUCUUUGGUUGCACUCCAGCCCGUCAUAUAAUUAUGGAAAACGCACUUUGCGGUCAAGAUGAAGACCCAGCAGCUGAAAGAUGGGAGACCUACGACUUGAAGCCGAUUGACUACUUUUACCCCGAGCGUGACCUAGUACCAGAGCCUCUUGUGAGCGAAGGAACCCUCAACAAGCUGGCAGAUACUUUCAACGACAAGCUCCGCCUCUGGCGUGCGGACUACGAGAAAUUCUGGAAGUCAAUCCAGGACGAUACCAAAUUCCUACAGGACGCCAAUGCGGUAGACUACUCGUUGUUCCUAGUGCGGAUACCUGCCUCAUCAGAGCCCACAGUUCGAGGACGAGCGAGUCCUUGGAGGACAGGACUUUUAUCCGCUGAUGGACAGUGGAAGUAUCGCGCAUCUGUGCUCGACUUCUUCUAUGCCCGACACAAGUUGCAAGCUCAAGCACUUUCGGGUGUGGUGCAGACAUUUAAUGUCAUUGGUCGACAGGGUCCCAUGACAAUUACGACCACGCCAAGUGAAUAUCGUGAGAGUUUCCUGGCUAUGAUAGCAGGAUUGAUUGAGGUUCAUUGA